GGGAGAUUGAUAUGUUAGAACCCGCGGGUCCGGCCGAAUGAUUCGCCGACGACCCCAAAAUUUCCUAGUUUGCCAUACCCAUCGCACGACUAACAAGCAUCGACAAACUCCAAUCCAAACGCCUCUCUCUGGCUCCAUUCGCGAAUCCAAUUCGCACUCAUACGCCUCCAUUCAACAACGCCUCUAUACCCCCCCUCUUCCACAACAACUCUCUCACACAACACAGCAAAAACCGCAAAAUCCCCCAUCAUGGGCGGCAGGCAAAUCCGCCCCGCGGGCGUCUACCGAGCCGUCAGCGAAGAGCUCAAGCACCAGCUCAUGCCCGGCUACAACGUCCCCACGCCGCCCUGGUUCGCCGUCAUGAACUCGGUCCCGCCGUCAGAGACGCUCGUGCGCAACGUCACCCCCCGCCACCGCGUGCCCAACCCCAAGGCGACCAAGCCCAAGAAGCUGUUCCGCCCCCAGACCAUUGCCUACCCCGAAGAUGCGCUGCGGACGAGCUUCUACAAGGACCAUCCCUGGGAGCUGGCGAGGCCGAGGGUGGUGCUGGAGCUGGAUGGAAAGGAUCAUCAGCAUUGCGAUUGGAGUAAGGGGUUGAGACAACCUGGUAUCCCGCUGACGGGUGAAAGCGUGGUCCAACGACAACUGUGGUUAAUGGAAAACCAAAACAUGAGCAAGCGCAAAGCAUACGACAUUGUCCGCCGAGAAUUCUACCGACUGCGCCAGGAAGAGGAAAUCGAGAAGAGGAUAGCCAUCGAGGAGGCCCGCUACGUCGGCGCAUACUUUGGAAAGACGAGACUGGACAUUGGUAUGCAGCUCGAAGACAACGAGUUUGAGAACUGGAAGAUUUGGGCCGGCAAGGAGACGGCCAACCGGGAGGCCAGGGCAAGCUCGGAGAUUGAGACGUUUGGACUGGAGGAUGAGGAGGCUGGCGCAGAGGCGGAGGCACAGCCUGUACCGGCAACAGCAUAAUAGAGAGAGGCAUAUAGAUGUGUGUAUGUGUGUGGAUGGUGGCCAGAUUUGGCACUUCUUGUAUUAUAUGAUGUGUAUGAAGAGAAGAUGGAGAAAAUGAGGCGAAGAAAAAAAGGUUAAAAGGGAAGAGCCAAAAAGUCCGCUAGCAUUUGACGGGGCUUGGUUCUAUAUCAUCCAAGCGGCGAGAAUUAAACACAAUUUCUCCAGCAUU